ACCACCGUUGCCCUCUCCCUCCCCUUACCUUUGACAGCUAAACUUGCUUUCCAUUUGUAAGGCAACUCUUUCUGCCCCUCAAGCUCAAGCUCUGAGCAUCUCUACCAACGUCCGAGCAGGAGGGACGCAAGUAACGAAGAAACGAGAUCGUAGACGAAAAAAAUCGCACUUUCAGAGUGACCUAGGACAUUGCAAGAGCAAUUCUACAAGAGAGGACAAGAUUCGCAUAUGCGUUACAGGGAUUUAUACAACAACAAGGUACAUCAUGAUUGCACUGCUCCUGUUGUGCGUGCUGUUGGACACUGCCUGGACUACCAUGACCUUUGAUGAAAUGUCAAACAUAGACCCUGAUAUUCUGAGUGUGAGCAUCCCUUCAGAGAAGCCGGUGCGUGUGUUGCUGGGGGGCACGCUGGUUCUGCCCUGCUAUUUCCAGGACAACACGCCCCACGACCCCGGAGCCCCCACCAUCGCCCCGCUCUCCCACCGCAUCAAGUGGACCCACAUCAACAAGGAGACGGUCACCGACGUGCUGGUGGCCUCCGAGGGGGUGAUAAGGGUGGCUGACAGGUACCUCGACAGGGUCACCAUGGUGGGCUACCCCAUGACCCCCACUGACGCCUCCAUAAAGAUCACGGAGAUGCUCACCAACGACACCGGAGUGUUCCGCUGUGAGGUCAUGCAUGAGAUUGAGGACAGCUUCGACACUAUUGAGGUGCUGGUCCAAGGUAUAGUUUUCCAUUACCGUGCCAUCACCUCCCGCUACACCCUGACGUUUGAGAAGGCCAAGGCAGCCUGCGUUCAGAACAGUGCAGUCAUGGCAACCGCUGAGCAGCUGCAGGCAGCCUAUGAUGGGGGAUUCCAUCAGUGUGAUGCUGGCUGGCUGGCCGAUGAGACCGUCAGAUACCCCAUCCAUGAUCCCAGAGAGCCUUGCUUUGGUGAUAAAGAAAACUUCCCAGGAGUUCGAACCUAUGGCAUCAGAAACGUCAAUGAGACUUACGAUGUGUACUGCUUUGCAGAGAAGAUGACAGGUAAGGUGUUCUACUCCAUGUCCCCUGAGAAGUUCACCUUUGUGGAGGCCGAUGCCCAGUGUGAGAGGCUAGGGGCGCGGCUGGCCACCACAGGUGAGCUCUACCUGGCCUGGCAGCAGGGCAUGGAUGUCUGCAACGCCGGCUGGUUGGGGGACCGCAGCGUACGUUACCCAAUCAACAUCGCCCGAACACAGUGUGGAGGUGGGCUUUUGGGAGUCCGCACCGUCCACCGCUUCACGAACCAGACGGGCUUCCCCGACCCAGACUCCCGCUAUGAUGCCAUCUGCUACGAAGAUGAUGGUGAGGAUGGCUCUGGCUUUCCCAUCUUUCCUUUCGGAGGCCAGACCACCACUGAACCAGGUGUUCUCAGUGUUGCUACGGUAACACCAGCCCCGGAGGUGUUCAUCAAGGAAGUGACGGAGGAGAGCGAGCUGAAGGGGGAGGUGAUCACGCAUCAGCCUGAGAGCACCAGGCCCGCCCUGUUGCCUGUCACUCAAGCACCACUGUUCCCGCCCCCGCACAUCACCGAGGUGAUCCCUGACGUCAUUGUGAAAGCCACGUCUCGGCCCGGUGUGGGGGCGGAGGUUCCCCAUGUCAGUAACAACGGAGCAGUGGGGUCAGGUGGGUCUGAUGAUAACAAUGAUAACAACACACAAGUACACGAAAUACGUGUGGUGUUCCACUACCGGCAUGGCUCGAGCCGUUAUGCCUUCACCUUUGUGGAAGCCCAGCUGGCGUGCCAGAGCGUGGGUGCCGUCAUGGCCAGCCCUGAGCAGCUCCAGGCCGCCUACGAGGGGGGAUACCACCAGUGUGAUGCCGGCUGGCUUCUCGACCAGACAGUCAGGUAUCCCAUCGUGCGUCCUCGUGAUCAAUGUGCCGGGGACUUGGAGCACCUGCCUGGCAUCAGGUCUUAUGGGCUUCGACCCGCAGACGAGCACUAUGAUGUGUACUGCUACAUGGGCCAGCUCAAGGGUGAGGUCUUCCAUGUAAGUUGUGCUGAGGGCUUCAGCUAUGACGAGGCGAUUGCUGCCUGUCAGGAGAGAAACGCCACGCUGGCCAACACUGGCGAGCUGUACUCAGCCUGGCGCCAUGGUUACGACAGGUGCCGUGCCGGAUGGCUGUUGGACCACAGUGUGCGUUAUCCAAUCAGCAGCCCCCGUGACCAGUGCGGUGGAGGAAAGGCCGGUGUCCAUACCAUCUACUUGCAUGCCAACCAGACCGGCUACCCGGAGCUGUUCGCAAGAUUUGACUCCUUCUGCUUCAAGGCCGAUCAGUUUGCACUUCUCAAUGAGACUGGAAUGAAUAUAACAGAAAUUGAAGAAGUACUUAUCAAUGGGACAACAAUUACAGACCUGCUACGUCCGGUGGUUCCCUCCAUCACUGCUCCCAUCGCUGUGGAGCCUUCAGGCUCUGGUUCUGCAGACCUGCCCUCAGGAUCCGGCAGCUUCUCUGGUGACACCUCAGCCAGUGGAAGUGGCCUGACCAGUGGAGACGCCAGCGGAGCAGCCAGUGGAGAUGCCAGCGGAGAUGCCAGCGGAGAAGCCAGUGGAAAUGCCAGUGGAGACGCCAGUGGAGAUGCCAGUGGUACCACUGAGGUACCAUCUGGGUCUGGCACCAGUAGAGACAUAUCUGGUUCUGGCGGGAGUGGAGACGGAUCAGGGAUUGUUGUAACCUUCUCUGGCACCGGGCCCUCUUUGUCCGGUGUGGAGUCUGCGUCGGGAAUGCCAUUGGAAGGUGGAAAGGGAAUCCCUGGAAUCUUGACGUUCCCAGCCGGAUCUGGAUUUUUCAGUGGGGACAUGGGCUCGGGAAGUGCGUCCGGGUCUGGGUUCAGCUCGGAGGAGAGCGGCUCCACGUCGGAUGUGUCUAGCGGGUCUUCCUCAGACAUGUCCAGCGGGUCUUCCUCAGGGUCCGGCUCAAGUGAGGAGCUGAGUGGAUUUCUGUCCGGCCGUUCGGGAGACUCCAGCGGACUCCACUCGGGCGACCCUGACGGCAGCGGCAGCGGCACGCGGAUCUUCUUCGUCGGUGGCAGGUUUGUGGAGAUCUCGACUUCCUCCUCCCGCGUGGGCCAGGAGCUCGGAGGGGCUGGGGUCCAUUUCAGCGGCUCUGGAGAGUGGUCUGGGUCGGGGUCCGGUGGCUUCUCUGAGACCUCAGGAGACCUCAGCGGCUCCUCGAGCGGAGACGUGAGCGGAGACUUGAGUGGACUCAUGAGUGGAGGGGCGAGUGGGUCGGGGAGCGGAUCUGGUUUCCCUGGGAUCACCUUCCUUGGCUCAGGGUUCACUGAUCAGACAGGCAAGCCAGUGGAAGAGCAGGAGGCAUCUGGGUUCCUGCAGUUUGGCUCCGGUGGCUCCAGCGGCUCCGGUGGCUCCGGCGGGUCUAGCGGUUCUGGAGGAUCGGGUGACGUCAGUGGGUUCUCCUCAGGAGGUUCUGCGAGCGGGGAGAUCACAUUCCAAACAGACAGCAGUGUGGUGGAGUUCAGCAUCCACCCUACGGAGAGCCAGGAGCUGGGUAAGGGUCCGGUGGAGAUUAGCGGGGAUCACAGUGGGCUUUUCUCAGGCAGUGGGGAUCACAGUGGGAUUUUUUCAGGCAGCGGCGACCACCACCACCACACCCACUCCCACCACCACACCUCCACCGCAGACUACCCCUCUGCUGCACAUCCCACUGAGUCACACCUGACUGAGUCUCACCUGACUGACUCCCACCUGACUGACUCCCACCUGACUGACUCUCACCUGACUGACUCCCACCUGGCCGGGGUGGUGCGGAUGGCCCAGCCGCCUGCCCAAAUCCUGAGCCGGACCUCAGCACCGGAGCAGCCGCCGGCCCAGCUGCAAGACAGCGCUGGGGCGUUCUACGCCACCCCGGCCACGCUGGUGCCCACCACCACCCCGGCCUUCACGCUGCAAACACCAGCCGUCAUGGAGGAGCCUGCACUGGUUGACGUUAAUCCCUGUGAGCCGAACCCGUGCGGUGUGGGGACAUGUACCGUCCAGGACGGAGUGGGCCUCUGUCUCUGUCCACCGGGUCGCACCGGAGCAGACUGCCAGCUUGAUGAGCAGACCUGCGAGGAGGGCUGGACUAAGUUCCAGGGCAACUGCUACCUGCACUUCUCUGAGCGCGCCACCUGGGAGGACGCGGAGCAGCGGUGCAGGGAACUCAACGCCCAUCUGGUCAGCAUCAUCACUCCCGAGGAGCAGCACUUUGUCAACUCCCAUGCUCAGGACUACCAGUGGAUUGGUCUGAAUGAUAAGACAGUGGAGAACGUCUUCCGCUGGACCGAUGGCAUUCCCCUGCAAUUUAUCAACUGGAGGCCGAACCAGCCGGACAACUACUUCAACUCCGGAGAGGACUGUGUGGUGAUGAUCUGGCACGAGAACGGCCAGUGGAACGAUGUCCCCUGCAACUAUCACCUGCCCUUCACCUGCAAGAGCGGCCCAGUCCUGUGCGGCUCUCCUCCUGAGGUGGAGAAUGCGCACAUGUACGGGACCAAGAAGGAGCGCUACCAGGUGAACUCCAUCAUCAGGUACCAGUGCAAUGAGGGCUUCCUCCAGCGGCGCCACCCAGUGGUCCGCUGCCUGCAUGACGGGCAGUGGGAGAAACCUCAGGUGGAAUGCAUAAUGUCCAACUCCACCCUCAGGCUGAGGAAAAGAUCCGCCAGGACUCCAUCACAAGCAGCACACAAAAGAUCCAGCUAAGCAGCCGGAAGAGGAACCUCCAGAGAGAUUUUAACAUAUAGUUAUUUUAUAACAAUUAUUUUCUAUAAAUAAAUGAAUCUUGAGAAAAAAUAAAGCAACCAAAGUGCCCAUUUUGUACAGUUUAAAGCUGAGAUCACCAAAGAUAGAAAUGUUCUGAAUCUGUCUAUCUGCUGAAUGCAUGGAUUGAAUAUCACCUUGUGAUUUAAACUAUUUAAAAGGGAAAAUAUAUGUAAGAUUCUAUUUGUUUUAAAUUUGUUUGUUUGUUAUCGUCCCUAACACAUGGUAGGGGUGUUUCAUAAUGUAGGCUUAGUUGUCGGCCCACAAACUGAAAUUCAGUGGCUUGCUAAAGUAUUCAACCCCCUGAAAGUCAUCACCAUGUUCAAGAUACUUAUUCAUAUUUUCCCAAUCAGUAUUGUCAUUGUGAACACUUAUACUGCAGUAUAUUUAUAAAGGCUAAAUUUGUUAUUUGUCUACUAAAAUUAAAUAUUCAUCCAUAAAAAACUAAAGUGUUCUGCUAGCAUAAGUAUUCAUUCUGCUUGCAUAAAUCUGCUCAAAAGCACAGGUGUUUGAAUACGUAUGCAAGUAGAAUAUUUCAGUUUGCCUUCAAAUAUAUACUAGAGCAUUAAUGUUAGCAAUAAACAUACUGA